AUGGACAGAGGCAACCACCGGGAUGUUUCUCCAGCAAGGACACCUCCUCAGGCUUCUCCAGCAAGGACACCUCCUCAGGCUUCUCCAGCAAGGACACCUCCUCAGGCUUCUCCAGCAAGAACACCUCCUCGGGCUUCUCCAGCAAGGACACCACCUCAGGUUUCUUCAGCAAGAGCAUCUCCUCAGGCUUCUCCAGCAAGGACAUCUCCAGUCCGGGCAUCUCCAUCCCGGGCUUCUCCUCCUCAGGCUUCUCCAGCAAGGUCGUCUCCAGUUGGGGUAUCACCUACCAGGUCAUCGUCGGCCAGGUCAACCUCCACGACAUCAUCCCCAACGAGAGUGUACCUUGUUAGAGCAACACCAUUGGGGGCUGUCCCCAUCCGGGCAUCUCCUGCCAGAUCAGCAGCAGCCACCAGGGAGAGCCCAGGUCCCAGCUCGCCCAAGUUCUCCUGGCAGGAGACCCAGAGACAGCUGCCCCUCAUCGGGUGUAUCAUCCUUCUCAUCAGCCUGGUGAUCUCACUCAUCCUUCUCUUCUACUUCUGGCGAGGCCACACAGGGAUCAAACACAAAGAACCGAUAGAGAGUUGUUCCAACCACGCUGUUCGCUGUGAUGGAGUAGCAGACUGCAAAAUGAAAACUGACGAGCUGGGCUGUGUCAGGUUCGACUGGGACAGGUCUCUGCUGAAGGUCUACUCUGGGUCCUCUGGCGAGUGGCUCCCUGUCUGCAGCAGCAGCUGGAGUGACAGCGACUCUGACAGGACCUGCCAGCAGCUGGGUUUUAACAGUGCUUACAGAACAUCCGCGGUGGCCCACAGGGACGUCACCAGCAGCUUUCUACUGUCCAAAUACAACUCCACCAUCCAGGAGAGCCUGUACAGGUCUGAGUGUCCCUCCCAGCGGUAUGUCUCCCUCCAGUGUUCCCACUGUGGUCUGAGAGCUAUGUCCGGGCGGAUCGUGGGAGGGGCCUUGACCUCGGAGAGCAAGUGGCCUUGGCAAGUCAGCCUGCACUUUCGCACGACCCACAUCUGUGGGGGCACACUCAUCGAUGCCCAGUGGGUGCUCACCGCUGCCCACUGCUUCUUUGCGACCCAGGAGAUGGUUCUGGAGGGUUGGAAGGUGUAUGCAGGCACCAGUAACCUGCACCAGCUGCCUGAAGCUGCUUCUAUCUCCCAGAUCAUCAUCAAUGGCAACUACACCGAUAAGCAGGAUGACUAUGACAUCGCCCUCAUGAGGCUUUCCAAGCCUCUGACCCUGUCAUCUCACAUCCACCCUGCCUGCCUCCCUAUGCACGGACAAACCUUCGGCCUCAAUGAGACCUGCUGGAUCACUGGCUUCGGCAAAACCAAGGAGACAGAUGAGAAGACAUCUAUCUAUCUUCGAGAGGUUCAGGUCAACCUCAUCGACUUCAAGAAGUGCAAUGGCUACUCAGUCUAUGACAGUUACCUUACCCCGAGGAUGAUGUGUGCUGGGGACCUUCGAGGAGGGAGGGACUCGUGCCAGGGAGAUAGCGGAGGACCUCUUGUCUGUGAGCAGAACAACCGCUGGUACCUGGCAGGUGUCACCAGUUGGGGCACAGGCUGUGGCCAGAGGAACAAGCCUGGUGUGUACACCAAAGUGACAGAAGUACUUCCCUGGAUUUAUAGCAAGAUGGAGAGUGAGGUACGCUUCCAGAAAUCUUAACCAAUUCCACGUACAUCACCGACUGCUGUGAAGAUCCUGGCUAAAGGGACUGGCCAUUUGCUGGACCUGGGCCAGUGGUCACCAGGCACAUUUCACCUUCCACCUCUGUAUGCUGCCUAUGUAAGAGUUCAUAACAGGAAAACUUGGCUCUUCCCAGAAUCCCAGGCUGGAAAUCUGGAGUUAAGAGUUUGGGCACCAGGUGUGUUCCUAAGAGUCUAUAAGUGGAGGUGGAGCCAAAACUGAGCCCAGGAAGGGCCUGGGAGAUGACAGCAGCAGAUGUCACUCUUCUUACACUGAUUUGGCGGCCAGCCCAGAUUGCACAGACACCCAACAGCCAGUGUCCAUUGCUGCGCUUGAACAGCAGCAAGUUUUGCCAGAGUCUGCCUUCUCAGUGCCUGGACCAUCUGUCCUCGGUGGAAAGCCAAACCCAUUGGUGUUGCAAGUUGCAGGCCCUCUCGGCCUCUUGGGACUGCCGUGGACCCCAGAGCUGGAGUCUGCCGUACCCGUUCUUCUCUGGGUGAUGACUGCAGAGCUGGGCUCCACUGUGGCUGCCCGUCUGUAGGUGCUGCUGUGGGUCCCAGAGCUGGCCUCUGCUGUGGCUCUCCAUCUCUGGGUGAUGACUGUGACCCAGGCUUGCUGUACUUUUGGUCACAAGCUAUUGGGAUGGAUUUUAUUUUAUUUUUAUAUUUAAAAUAUAGAAAUCUAUGUAAUUUUAAGGAGUCUCAAAAUCCUCGGGACCUUGGGAAGUUCGGCAAGAAUCAUUUCAUGAGCUCCAGGGGUCUCGUGGGAGUUGUACUGCUGAAAUAUCCUGUGAUAUGUUACUGACUUCAUGAAAUCCUCAGGACGAACAAGUAUGGCGACUAGGGCCCUUUGAGACACUCAGGGAGGAAAAUCGUCAUUUUUGCCAAAAGAUAAAUGCUGCUCUAGCCUCCAAGAACUACAGCUAGUCCGAAGAACUGAAGGCAUGUGUGCUGCCCUGCUUAACCUCCCAGGGCCCCUGGCAACCCUGGCAAAGUCUAGGCACUCUGCAUUGUUUACACCCAAGGGACUGAGCCGAGACUAUGCGGUUUGUUUCUGGCUUCCUUCAUCUUUCAGUUUUGUACUGACUCACAUGGCCAUGAGGAGAAAGCAAGAACUGUUCCCAGAAGCUCUGAAGAGCCCUUCUAGGAGGCCUAAGUUGUCCUGGUCUUCCUCAAGGCCUUUUCUCUUGGUCGCCUGCUUCUCUUCAGCU